UGUCAUCUCACCUCUCCCGAACGAAAAUGACGCAAGUAAAAGCAGAUUUUCCGUUCGAGUCCAAAACUUCUUUCGAGGUCUGACAGCAGUUGAUUAUCGUCAAACGAUGCAGCCUUUCACGAAAGCGGAGAGAGUUCUCUCUAUUCAAUCUCAUGUUGUUUCGGGUUUUGCCGGGAACAAAGCAGCUACGUUCCCGUUGCAAUAUCUCGGAUUUCAGGUCGAUGCUGUCAAUACCGUCAAUUUUUCCAAUCACACCGGCUAUGGUCACACCAACGGGCACAAGACGACGGCUGAGCAAUUGAAUCUCAUCUUCUCGGGACUAAACGAUAACGGCUUGCUGGUACCCUAUCCUCGAAUACUGACCGGUUACGUACCUGGUGCCGAAGCACUGCAAUGCGUUGCCGAUCAGCUCGCAGAGGUCCGCCGGUGUAAUCCAGGCUGCGUCUAUCUUCUAGACCCGGUCAUGGGAGAUAUCGGCCGGGGUUUGUACGUGGCCGAGCAAGUCAUCCCGAUUUAUAAGAGUAUGCUUCCUCUUGCCACCAUCAUCACCCCCAACCACUUCGAAUUAGAGCUGCUAUCCGAUAUGAAGAUCACGUCGCCGUCAUCACUUCAGCAGGCUAUACGCCAUCUGCACGAGAAAUACAGCCUGACACAUGUUGUUGUGUCUUCCAUUUCCCUGCCUAGCUCCCUCGUAUCGCGUUUUGAUCUGCCCGGGCCGCCAGACUCCUAUCAGAGUCUACUCGGCGCCACCACUCCCUCUCGUUACACAGGUGCUCAAGAUUUUUCGACUUCAGAAGGGACCAAUCUGGUGUGUCUCGCAAGCACCUAUAGAGCAGAAGGCCGGCAGCUUGUCACUUCGGCAUAUGCUCUACCAAACGUCGAGGCCUAUUUUGCUGGAGUAGGGGACUUGUUCUCUUCAAUGGUCAUGGCGCACUUUGGCAAUCUAUCGGGAGCGUCUGAACAGGACUUACAGACCGCGGUGUCGAAAGCCCUGUUGAUCGUUCAACGUAUCCUGCUGCGCUCCCAUAUGCACUCGAUGCAGGUAGAUGGUGACGCGUCACCAGGAGAGAACGUGAUGCCGUCAGACACUGAGGCGGAUAACGAGAACCCGCGGAGGCAAGGCAACCCUAGCAGGCGUGCGCGGCGCAUGCGACUCCGGGAGCUCAGAAUAAUAGAAGACCGAUCAUUGCUCCGAGUCGCCUCAGACGAUGGAUGGAAUGGCGGUAGGGUCAAUCUGGAGCUUCCUGAGCUUGACACAUACCAUUUCUAGAGGUCU